UGGUGGGAGAUGUAGUCCUGCUUGGAGUCCUGACUCGCCGAUAAGCUUCUGCUCUCUCCCACAUCUCUCUAACAUAUGGGCGGAGUUACAAGAAGUAGCUUGCAACGGGAAGCUGCGCAGAACUGUAAAACAGGAGACAAGGUUGGGUACUAGUUAAUGUCUUGGAGCAGCUAUGAAAUGUGGGCUAUCAAAGGAUCCAUUCCUGCAAGAGAUACUACGUUUUUCCCUGUGUUGCCGUGGAGCGACACUUGCAAUGCAGGUUGUGUUCAACCUCCUUAUCCCAGACCACAUUGCUGAUGCCUUCUCGCCGCCACGAGCCCCACCUUCAGGUUAUGGAGACCAAUUUACAGAAUUGCUACUGGGGGGUCUUGGACGAUGGGAUGCAGAGCAUUUUCUCUUCAUAGCAGAGCAUGGCUAUGUUUUUGAGCAUAAUAUGGCUUUCUUUCCAUUGUUCCCACUCACCCUAGCAGGUUUAGCCCAUGGUUUGCUGUGGCCUCUGGGAUUCAUGCUUUCCCUGCGCAGCAGACUACUUUUGUCUGCCACUCUUCUGAAUACUGCCUGCUUUGUAUUGGCAGCAAUUGUUUUGUACCGACUAGGUUGUGUGGCCCUUCAAUCACGCCGCUCUGCAUUCCUGGCUGCCCUUCUUUUCUGUAUGAGCCCAGCUUCUAUCUUUAUGACUGCAGCAUAUUCAGAGAGUCUGUUUGCAAUGGCCACCUUUGCUGGACUUUGGCAAUUAGAGAAGUGUAGAACUUUCCGAGGUUGCUCUCUGUUUUUACUUGCCACUGCUGCUCGUGCCAAUGGACUAGUCAAUGCUGGUUUCUUGCUGUACUUUGGGGCCCAAUCAGUCGUACAAGGGACAAUGAGUUGUAGAAGAAUAUCUAAAAUUUUGUUAGCAACCGCUGUAAUAAUGCUACCUUUUGCUUUAUUCCAGCAUUAUAGUUUCCACCAUUUCUGCUUGGUAUCUGCAAUAGAUGAAAAAGUGUCCCCAGAGCUGAUGCAGCUUGCGAUAGAAAAGAGUUACCGUGUUCGUGGCCCACCAGUCCCAGCAUGGUGUGCUGCCAGCCUACCAUUGGCUUAUUCAAACAUACAAAGUGAUUACUGGGGUGUCGGACUUCUUCGCUAUUUUCAACUGCGUCAGCUGCCAAACUUUCUUUUGGCGUUACCAGUAAUCUUGCUAGGUACUCGGGCAAUAUGGGAGUAUGGUUGUGCCAAUGUAAAUCUAUGCCUGACUCUGGGGCUCUGGGAAAAGCGGCAAAAGUCUUCCAGUGGAUAUUAUGGACCUCGGAUAUUUGUUUAUGUGGCGCAUCUUACUGCUCUAAUGAUGUUUGGAGUCUUCUGUAUGCAUGUACAGGUUAUCACUCGCUUUCUCUUUUCUUCCUCUCCUGUGCUUUUCUGGUUCUGUUCUCUCCGCCUUCAGCAGAAUGAACCAUGGAUGUGGGGAUCUGAGACAGGCAUGUCAGCUUCCAACCCAGCAAUUCGAUUGCUCCAUUCCUGGACGUCACUUCAGCGCCCCACUCGUUCUUUGCUGGGAUAUUUCUUGGGUUACUGGGUACUUGGCUCCGCUCUGCACGUCAAUUUCCUUCCAUGGACCUAGCAGAGAAUAUAGUGGUUGAGAAAAUUAAAGGGAAUGUUUACUGAAAAUGUAUCUUAAUUUUUUAUUUUUAUAUAAAAGUUUUCAAUAUCUUACUUUGUGUUUUUUUUUUUUUAAUCUUGCAAUUUCCUUACAGUAUGUCAUCUUGUUAUGGUAACUGGAUGUGUGAACAGUUGUUAUAGGGAUUAAAAAGUUACUUUGA